AUGAGGCUCUUCUUUCUUAUCAACAUCGCUGCGGCUUGCAUGAAUGCCCCGGAUGGAGGAUACGAGAGUGCCGAGGAUGUGCGCAGUCCGCCGCACGAGAUGAUUGAAUAUUUCACUGAGUGCGCCGAUGGCCUCGUUGGCGAGAUCGACAUCAUCUUCGUGACGAUGAGCCAGUGGUACAUCGACACCGUCUAUAAAUGCGACAUGAAAACUGCCUGCUGGAAGAAGUCGAUCAAGAACAGCGACAACAUUCCUCCUGAGAUCGAUUCUCGCGAAAAGAUGCAAAAAAUGUUAAAGUGCACCAUCGACUUUUUCUCAUCCGGAUUUGCUGACUCCAUCGACGCACCAGUCUCCAACGAGGACUUUCCUGACACCGCGAGAGAUAUUCUCCUUCCCCAAUUCAACUUCUACGACUACUUCACUACUGCCAACGAUGCUUUGCCAGAGGGAAUGCAGCAUGGUGGAACUAAUGAUGCGGCAAUUGAAGAUUCUUUUUUCGGCGAACUAAUUUACCCACGCUCAUAUGCUGCUCAGUUUAUUUCUGGCCGCUUUGGAAAACGAAAGUAG